AUGAGCAGAGACGCUAUCCUGGCUGCCCUCAAAACCACACCGACGAACGAACCACCCCAAACAACAGCCCUCCGACACGAAGCCCACUCCAUCAUCUCCGCUACUGACGCCCACGCCAUCGAGCAAUUACCCACCACACUACUCGACCUGCUCACGCAGAUCAUCAAACCUCUAUUCACCAAGACGAGACACCCUCACUUGACGUCUACGGGGCGAAAAUCUCUCGUAGCCUCUCCUCCGCCCUCAAUUGCCAGCCGGUUUCUAGAUGAUGGGUCCGACGAGCCCCCAUGGAAGACAUCAACCCCUUUCACAGUGCCGUUACUGGAAUAUAUCCUAACCAGCUACCUUGCCCUGCCAUUCGACCCGCGAGAGAAUACUCUCCGCAAGACGGCCAUCGAAGCACACUUCCAUCUCCUCGUCCCGCCUAUUCUCAACAUGAUCGAUGAUGCGGCGCCCACGCCGUACAAGUCCGCGGGAUGCAAGUUGCUGGCCAUGCUGUGCGAGGUCCUCACUUCCACGCACUCUGAGAUGCUCAAGCGCUCAGGUCUAGCGGAUGUCAUGGUCGACGCGCUGAGGACGAAUUUCCUGUCGCUCCCGACGUUGACGCCCGAGGCGGACAGCCUGGCGCUACUGAGGGAAGUGUAUGCUGCGUUUUUAGGGCUAGUGGAUGCGCGAUUCGUGAUGCUUAGGCUUAGACUUAAGUUUAAGCUUGGGCCGCCGUCAAACCAGACUAAGGCACAAGGCGGGGCAGGGACGGACGAGGACAGCGACGACAAGAACAUCGACACCGACUUCAACCCUUACCAGAACAUGCUCACGCUAGUGUACAGGCAUGGAAUCAUGGCCUCUUUGACACAUUUAUCUUCUUCAAGCACCAACGCUGGGUGCCUCUCAAACACGAUCUCCGUGCCUCUUACCAUGUUGCUCCUCCGGCAGAUUCCACCCGUGUUUUCCAGAAUGGGGAUCCAUUGCGUCAAACAUCUCCAGGGACUCUUGCCCAUGCUGAGAGCCUCGUUGAUGGAUCCUUUUCUCCUGGCCGCGCCGGAUAUGGUGAGCGCAAUCCUUGACAUUGUGGACAGUGUCUUUGAUGUCGCGAGGACGAGGGUCCAACAGAAAUGGUGGCCCGAAGUCCUGAGAGGGUUGGUGGGCUGUUGGGUGAAUUGCGUUGACGAGAAUGAGAAUGAGAGUAUACCAGCCGGAAAGACCGCAUCCGCAUCCACAUCUACACACCUAGAAGACACGAUGGCGCGGUUGAAGAAAAUGGUAAAAACGCUGGGAGAGAUUGUCGGUCCGAAUGAGUGGAGUGUCGUCAAGAGAAGGCUUGUCGAGGAGGAAGACGAUCUGACGGCCUUGUUUGGCGAUUGA